UGUUUCACACUGUUAUGGCAUAUGUUAGCCGUUUCCAAUUCUGGUUUCAAUUAAUCGCCAAUGGUGCUUUUAAAUACCUUCCACAGACGAAUCCAGAACAAUAAUAGCCAAUAACCAUUAAAUGAAAGCAAUUGAUUUGGUCCGACGUCGCGAGAACCUAAUAAAGUGCCCUAAAGUCAUAUGUGUAUUGUGUAACUGUUUAAAAGAUGAGGCAACCAAGCGACUGCGGGAAAAUUCUGAUCAUAUAAUUUCUUAAAUACUAAUCUACGUCGAAAGGCACAAAACGGAACAGAGAAAACACCGCAGUAACGAAAAUAGCAAAGGAGAAUUCGUUGCCAGAAAACACCUCUCAGGCAGCAGGCAGCAGUCACCAGGCGGACAACAACAAAAUCAGCGAGGGUUAAAUUAAACAUUUAAAUACCAAACACAACCAUGUACACAAUCAACAAGGGACCCAGCAAAAUUGUUGCUAAAACGCGACGUGGUCUGGCCCAAAACUUUGAAAAGUUCGAGAGCAUCAAGGAGAGCAGCAAGAAGAACGGCAGCUUCGAUCUGAACAGUCCCCCGGAGGAGCACAACAACAUCCCGCGCCCAUUCUUUCAACAGAGUGCCUCAAAACGGAUAACACCCACCAAGCUGAUCGAGGAUGAGGUGAUAACACCGCAGCAUGAGGAGAUCAUACGCUAUAUAAAUGACUCAUGGAACAUGUUAGUGGCACCAAAUCCCUAUGAUUCGAGUACAUCGGCGAAGCCCUGCGAGAAACCAGUGGCAGAUGCUAACAACAACAAUGCCACUAAUCCUGUGGAAUGCAUCAUCGCCAAUAAACCAUUUCCCACCUCCGCAUCGGCGGCGGUUUGGGUGGAGCCUCCUAGCCCAGCGUUGCAAGACUUCAAGCCCUUCGAUCUGGAAUCAUGGUGGGGUCGUCGCUUGUUCCAAAACAUUACCAAGAGCCUCUAAUUAGCAGCGCCGAGCAGAUUAUGUAGGGCUUGCUGAGAUACUAAUUCAUAGUUCGCCAGUGCUUCCUUUUAUACUUUCUACUAGGAAAAUCACGUUAGAUAUAAGCGAGCGAGUUGUGCGAUUAGUAGUUAAGUAAAAUAGUUUCGGUUCAUAACUAUUAUAAUAUAUGUCGUCUAAGUUUUAGUGCUCUCCUUUCUUAGCAUGUUAAGUAAAUAACUAGUUGUCGCUGUUGGCCAAUGUACAUAUACAUUUUGCACAUCUUUUUGUGCAAUAGAUUUUUAAGUUGUGUAGUUAACGCUUGACAGUUUUAGGCAUCAUUUAUGAAAAUUAUUACAACUGACAGAUAGACAAGUUUUCAAAUUUUUAAAGUUAUUUCGAAUUAUUUCACAUAUGUCACUUCCUCCCUAUAGAUUAGUCUGUAUAUAUGAAUGAAUUUGGAUAUUUUUUUUCGACUCUAGUUUA